UGAGAUUUAUUUUCUUCAAUCUUAAAAAGAUGUUCUUUUUGAUCCGAUAUUCCACACAUAAGCAAGAAAACAGUGUUAUAAUAAAUGAAAAUACAAAUAUAAAACACAUUUGGAGAAAAUAAGUUGUAAAACAAAGUGGGGGUACAUUUUUGUUGUUGUACUAAUGACGCCACUUCUUAAUUGUACCAUGACUAUUUAUUAUAAACACAACUUUUUUCACAUGUAGCGAAUGGACUCAUUCCAAAUAAAUGUUUACUUUUUCAAACGUAUAAAGCAAAGACGAAAACUGGAAAAAUAAAAAAAAAAACAGAAAUAUUAGAACUUUUUCCAAACAAGCCCACAAAUGAAAUUGUUAUAAAUAACAAAAUAAUUUGAUAUAUUGUUGUUUUUGACAUUCAACAGCCCAUAUUAUCAGGGCUUUUUACAAAUGUUUUUCGCACCCAACUUUAAAUCUAAAAGAGGGGGAUCUUGGAAUAUUCAACCAUUUCCUCCAAAUUGUGUGGCCGAAGGUCAGGAAAACUAUAAUGGAAUAUUUACAGGUAUAUCUGUAGAGGUUUGCAACGAAUGUGACAUAAGGGCAUUGUAUAGUAAUGGAUUUUAUGGAAAAGGAUCUCAUUCGCGUAGUAUUCCAAAUGCAUUAUUACAAAACGAGUCUGAAGAUAAGAAGAAGAUAGAAGAAUCUCUUUCUUUGGGAUUGGAAGAAUCAUUUUUCUUGAGUUACUUCUUAAAUGUUCUUAAAAUCACUGACUUAAAUAACGAAGCUAUGAAUUGGAAGGAUUUCAUUCGAUAUGCCCAAGAAGUAAAUGUCGACUUUAUCGAAUCAUUGGCUUCAUAUUUGUAUUUAAAAUCUAAAGGUUGGGUAGUGAAGAGUGGAUUAAAGUUCGCAGGAAACUACUUGAUUUACCGCAAGGGACCACGAUUCUUUCAUGCAAGUUUUGUAGUUAUAGUAAAUGCACUUCCCAACUCUAGCCAUCUGCAGCAUAAUAAACUAAAGGGUUUGCAAAGAAUUGCUGAAACUUCAGAUAAAGAUGUACUGGUACUGGAUGUUAGUAAACCUGCGGAUUUCCACAUGCAGACCGUCAAUGAUAUUACUCAAAUUUCAAUAGCCGAAACUGUGAUUAAACGUUUUAAUUACACAUCAUUUGUGCAACAAAGUCAACAACGAAAUGUUCAAUAAUAAAUCAGAAUAUGCUUAUUGUAUUGUUUAAACUAAA